CUUGGUUUUCAGGGUCAAGUGGAAGUUAGGAAUAUCUCCAAGAUGAGCCAUCUUAAUUUGGAGCAUCUAUUGAUUGUUCAGAGUGGUUAAUAUGCUUUGUUUUUCUUUUUAGAUCAGCCUUUUCGGUAUGAAAAUAAUUCUGGUGGGAAGGUCUGAAAACAUUUUACUGUUUUUCAUCAACUUUAUAACGCCACACACUGCAUUAGUUGGCUGUAUGAUCUUAUCUUUUCAUCAUGGGAGGCUUUUUUCAAUUGAUGGAGAGCUCGUUCUGCUAUUCCUAAUUCCUUUCUUGCAACUUAUUGUUGUGAUUUUUAUUCUUCGAUGUCUGGAAUGGAAGUUUGGAAAGAUAUCAAUGAGAAAGGAUCCCUUCUUCCGAAUUUCUCCAAGAAGCAGUGAUGUACACCAAAAUCCAGAGGAGCCCGAGGAGGAGGAUGAAGAUGUUGAGAUGGAAAGAGUGAGAACAGUAAAUGCCUUGAAUUCCACAAACUUUGAUGAGAGACCAGCCAUUAUUGCCAGCUGUCUACGCAAGGAGUACACAGUGAAGAGGAAACACUGCUUUUCCAAGAAGAAGAAGAAAAUCGCCACAAGGAAUGUCUCUUUCUGUGUCAGAAAAGGUGAGGUUUUAGGAUUACUAGGACACAAUGGAGCUGGUAAAAGUACAUCCAUUAAAGUGAUAACUGGAGACACCAAACCAACUGCUGGACAGGUGCUACUAAAAGGCAGCAGUGAAGGGGACCCUCUGGGGUUCCUGGGGUACUGUCCUCAGGAGAAUGCGCUGUGGCCCAACCUGACAGUGAGAGAGCACCUGGACGUGUUCGCUGCAGUGAAAGGGCUGAGGAAAGCAGAUGCCACGGUCACCAUCACACGGUUGGUGGAGGCGCUCAAGCUGCAGGAGGAGGAGAAGCGCCCUGUGAAGGCCUUGUCAGAGGGAAUGAAGAGAAAGCUGUGCUUCGCGCUGAGCAUCCUGGGAAACCCAUCGGCGGUGCUGCUGGACGAGCCGACCACGGGCAUGGACCCCUCGGGGCAGCAGCAGAUGUGGCAGGCAAUCAGGGCCAGCUUUAAAAACACCAAGAGGGGCGCCCUCCUGACCACCCAUUACAUGGCCGAGGCGGAGGCCGUGUGUGACCGUGUGGCCAUCAUGGUGUCCGGGAGGCUGAGAUGUAUCGGUUCCAUCCAGCACCUGAAGAGCAGAUUUGGCAAGGAUUACCUGCUGGAGAUGAAGGUGAAGACCCUCGCCCACGUGGAGCCCCUGCACAGCGAAAUCCUGAGGCUCUUCCCCCAGGCUGCUCGGCAGGAAAGGUACUCCUCCCUGAUGGUCUAUAAGUUGCCUGUUGAGGAUGUGAGACCUUUAUCGCAGGCUUUCUUCAAAUUAGAGAUCGUUAAACAGAGCUUCGACCUGGAGGAGUACAGCCUGUCACAGUCCACCCUGGAGCAGGUCUUCCUGGAGCUCUCCAAGGAGCAGGAGCUGGAGGACUUUGAUGAGGAAGUUGAUCUCUCUGUGAGGUGGAAGCUCCUCCAGCAGGAAGAGCCCUAAAGCCCCAAAUACCCUUAUUGCCCUUUAGGCCUGUGACUCUUCUUAAGUUAAUAUUUUAUAGCAUAUGAUACCUUUUCUCAGACACAGACAAGGUACUUUUGAAAUGAAUGUUAUGAUUUUUUUCUCAAUAAUAUCACGGUGGGACUAAAGAAGCCAGGCCAUGCAGCCUCUGGACCAGCAGCCAAAUUCCUUAUUUCAUGCAAUAGCAAACGCAAAGAAUACAUUUAUUACAUUAUUGUUUAUGUUUAUGAGAAUGGUGCAGGGAUUGCUUAAUUUUUUCUCUAAACUUUAAAAUAUGGGAUUUUAAAAAUCUUUUUUAUUACAACACGAAUUAAGAUGAUGCUGAUUAUAGGGGAAAGGGAGUCAGUUGAUUACAUGGCAGUACAGUCUUUGCUUUUUGUAAUUCACUUUUAUUCUCUUUUUUUACUUAAUUCACUGAUUUUCCUUUCCUGAAAUUUUUAGAAUUUUAGAUUUUAGAGUCUGUGUUUUGCCUAUUGUAACUAUUAAGGAAAUUUGAAUCCUGUUAAGAUAAAUAAUUUCAGUAAGAUAUUGAGUAAUCAAGUUGAUAAAAAUAUACAUACAUUUACAUAAAAAUUUGAAAAAUAUCUCCGAUUUUAUGUUGUCUUAUGAUGCCAGGAUCCACCCUGAUGCAAACUAUUAGAACUUGAUAGAUCUUAAUUUCCCAUGCUGUACCUGUUGUGAUUUAUUCAACUGGUAAUUCCAUAAACACCUUAAAAUCAACAGGAUAUACUAAUACACUCAUAUGAGUUUUUA